AUGAUCAUACGACCCGCGACGAGGCCGCAGACGGUCCUGCGAGCUGUCGUCAACCAAGCUUCUCCCCUUCUCUCUCGAUCGCAGCGUCGAUGCAAACACAGUCCAGCAGAAUGGGCAGAUAGACAGAGACAAGAGAGGUUCACCCAGCGUGGCGUUCCUGGUUUCCUCUCCGCGAAGACAUACCAAGAGACCUAUGCAAAGUACACCAAACAUUUAUGUGACAAGUUGAAUGAGUACACACAAGGCACCGCCGACGAGUCACACAGCGCACACGAUCUCCAUGCCAUCUGCUCGCACAAACCGGAACGAGCAGCCCUCUACAACCAUGCCGCAAUGGCAAUCCACACGCAUUUCUUCUGGGAAGCUCUGACGGACAGCGAAGACCCUCUAGACCGAAAGCCGGGCAACUACACAUCACGUUCAAUAGAGAUGGACUUUGAAUCACUCGACCACCUCCGGACCGAAUUUCUCGAGGUCGCGGACGCCAUGUUCGGCAAUGGCUUCGUGUGGCUGAUGAAGCCCAAGACGCCCGGCGGACUGAAGAUCUUGGCCACAUAUAACGCGGGCAGCCCGUACUCGGUCGCAGCUCCGCGCCGAGACGACCGCAACAUGGCCACGUACAACGGUCGACAGGUCGGCACGGAUUUACUCAAUUCUGGCAUGAAUGCCGACAGCCUAGGGCCCGGAGGUGGACGAUAUGCAGGAUCCUUCGGCAACUUCAGUUCGGCACGGGCAAAUCUAUUCGUGGGAGCGUUGGACGCUGAACCCAUCCUGUGUGCCAACGUCUGGCAGCACCAGUGGUUACCUGAUUAUGGCAUGUUCGGCAAGCGCGAGUACCUGACGGCGUGGUGGGACAGUAUCGACUGGAAGAUGGUCGAGAGCCGGCAUAACCAUGUUGAGUGGGAGCAGGAUCGCAGAGUCAACAGAUCGCGCGGCAGGCAACAAUAUACUGGUUUAACGGCCGCGGUUCAAGGGGGUUUGUAA